AUGGGAUGUGAAUUUGGCGGCUUGCUGCUUUCACUUUUGGAUGCUGCUCGAGCAGAGAAUUGGGCAAGGCCAGAGGGCGAGUUGGUCGAUCGCGAUGCAGAGCUCCAUGAGAAAUUGGAUUGGAAUCGGCUUGCUGGCAGAAGAAUGGCGCGCACCAGAGCCAUGCUCCUGUCCAAGGAGGACCGAUUCCAUCGCGUGCUUCUGAGUUUGAGCAUUGAGCCGCUGCGCCAUGUGCACAGCUGCUUUUUGAAGCACGCGCACACAGCUCCAGACGACGCGUCAUGGCCAUUGCUCCUUAACGAGUUAUGGCCGCCAGCUUCGAGAAACGUGGCUGCAAUGGAGCACCUUGCAACGCUCCUUGGGGGAGAAAGCAGCCGACUGGUGCUUCUCUUCGCUCUGUCGCAAAACGAAACUGUUGCUCAAUGGGUGGAGAACUGCCCUGAAGAAGCCAAGAGAGCAAGGAGCACUUUCUUGCUUGUUGCCGCCUCCCUGCACCGGCGGUACGAAUGCAAUGUUUGCCGAUGGCCCUUCAAGCUCUUUGCGUUGGCAGAUGGUCGCCGUGUCGGUGAGCACACAGAAAUUUGCCGGCAAUUCUUCUCCACUCGGACAUGUUGUCUGCCAGCAGGCUUUGCCCGGGAGAUUCGUCAGGCUGUUGAGCAACAGAACUUCAUUGAACAUGUCGGCCGGUGGCGGUGGUUUUUUCUUCUGACGUCUGUGAUCCUGAAGAUGUCCAUAGCCAGCGUGGAACGCCGCCACGCGACGCACAGACAAGCCGCGAACCCUGGCAUGCCUUUUUACAUGUUUUCUGCUGAUUCCGUCCUCGCAGAGGCGCGUCAGCAGUUGACAGCUGUUGUUCGCACGCAAGACGAGCGGAUGCUUGCUUCACAUGUUCAGUUGGUUUCUUCAGGGUCACCGUCACGGCCAGUAGACUUUCAUAAGUUGCAACGCCUUGUCAGAGGAUCCAUCGAAGCUGAUCUUGGGGGCCGGCUGUGA